CCAGUUUCUCCAACCUCUGGAGGUCACCGAGGCGUCAAAAACUGAAAACCAUCCCGUAAAAAAUGCAACCAGUCCAGUCUGUUUGAUUUAGCGUUUCCAUGGAGACGACAAAAAUGGAGUUUGCUGCUGAGAAGAAGAAGAAGUUGUGUCUGCGCGCUCUGCUGUGGUGGUCGCUGCUCGGGCUGGCGUCAGGAGCCUCCUUCUAUGGCGAUGGCUUCGUACAGCUCAAGGCAGCGGAGUCGUCCGACCGGAACGAGCUCCGCGUUCGCUUCCGAACGUCCAGCACCAACGGCCUGCUGUUUCUCGCUGCCGGCCACGCCAACUACUUCCUGCUCGAGCUCCACGCCGGCCGCCUGCAGGUGAAACUGGACCUUGGCUCAGGAGAGCAGAUGUUAGAAUCGGAGAAAGGCAUCCAGCUCAAUGAUCUGGCCUGGCACUCGGUGGAGAUCCACCACGCGCAGCGCAACGUUACUCUGACCGUCGACAAAAACUCCCACACGAGCGUGAAGAUCCCGGGCCGCCAUCACAGUCUCAGCAUCACAGACGGUCUCUACGUCGGAGGUUCGGGGGGUUUGGACAGACCGUACCUGCCUAGGCAUCUCAUCGGCUUCCGAGGCUGCAUGGACGAGGUUUUCUUCAACGAACACGACUUGCUGUCGUCGCUGAGGCCGUUUACCGGAUUAAAAAACGUCCACGAAGUGUCGUUAGGCUGCAGCUCUCAGUUCCUCGCUACUGAGGAUGACUCUAUCAGCUUCUUCAGCUCCAGGGCUUACGUUUCCCUCCCCACAUGGAAGGUUCAGCAGGGAGCCACGUUUGAGUGCAUUGUGCACACGUCGGCUAAAGAGGGCAUCGUCCUCUACAGCUCAGCCAGACAGGGGGACUUUGUGGCUCUUGAAAUUCAAGAAGGGGUGCCUGUGGCGAUUGUUGGGAAAGGCGGAGUCAAAACUGAGCUGCAUUCCCCCACAUCGAUCAGCGACAGGAAGUGGCAUUCUCUCACGUUGCACUUCAGCUCUAAAAGCCUGGAGCUGACCGUUGAUGGAGAGACGGUGAAAAGCAGCUUUAGCUCUCGUUCCAAAGCACUUCAGCUGAAAGGUUAUAUCUUUGUCGGAGGCAUAGAUGAUGGCACUAGAGCAGAAGUCAGAAAGGCGGGGCUUGUGUCUGUGUCUGGAAAGCGUAUCAGAGGAGGCUCCUUUAAAGGAUGUUUGAAAAACGUCAAAGUAAACGGAGUCAAGAUUGGUCUCUCCAAUGCUCUAGUCACUAAAGAUAUUUCGGUUGGUUGUGAGCCAGAAAAAACCCCAGAUGCAUCGGCCCCUGUGACUCCUACAAGCACUCCAGAGACCCUCUUCCCACUGGUGACGCCGACACCACCCCAGUACAUGUCCACACUCGCAGUCGGCCUGGACAGAAAGUACGGCUCAGACUUCGUACAGCUGAAGGAUCUCCUGGUCCAAGAGGGAGGCCGAGCGUCUCUCGACGCCAAACACGUCAAGGUUUUCUUGGACUUCAAGAAGCUGGGUAUUCGCCAGUCUCAGAUAAUGUUUAGGAUUCAAGAGCAGCCGGUCAGAGGUCAGCUGAGGCUGGACGUGGACCAGGACCAGGAGGACAACACCUUCAGCAUGCUGGACCUUUGGCACGGACGAGUGAUGUACGUCCACGGGGGCUCCGAGGAGCCGGACGACUUCUUUAUGUUUUCAAUUUUCUCCAGCAGUAGGAAGCAAGUUCCCGAUUAUCUGAAGUCCGACAAACUGUACCGCUACAACGUCACCGUCACGCCCACCAACGACGCGCCUGAGCUGAGUCUGCCCGAGGGAAAUUUGUUGGUGCUGCUGGAGAACUCCAAGAAACGCCUCACCACGGAUGUUCUGAAGGCCACGGACAUAGACAGCAACCGCACCGAGCUCGUCUUCUCCGUGCUCGGGAACCUCAACGCCGACGCGGGAUACUUGGAAGUGGAGAACGACCCCGGCAAGGCCGUGACCUCGUUCUCAUACGUAGAUUUGGAUGAAAUGAAGGUGUACUACGUUCACACGGGGGUGCGAAACUCCAGGAUAGUCCUAAGAGUUAGCGACGGGGAAAAGGUCAGCAACACCGUGGUUUUGAGAGUCAUGGCCGUGGCGCUGGAGUAUAAGGUCGCCAACAACACCGGGAUUGAGAUCAUCCAAGGAGAGACGGCUAUAAUUGGUUCAAACCAGCUCGCCAUGAAAACUAACGCCGUGAAACAAGUUGUGGACGUCCGGUAUGAUGUGAUUGAACCCCCACAGUUCGGAGAGCUGGAGAGACUUCACUCAAGCGGGGAAUGGAGGCCGAUUGACUCAUUUUCACAAAGGCUUCUUGAGAAAGAGCGCCUCAGAUAUGUCAGCACCUUCCAAGACAUCCAGACUUCAAAUGUCACGGACUACUUUAAGUGCCAAGUUAAUAUAGCAGCAAGGGCAAACACUGAACUAGUUUUUCAAAUCGCCGUCAAGUGGGUGAAGUACCGUUUGGUAAAGAAUGUCAUGCUAAACCUGGAUAAAGUCAGAAAAGUGACCCUGAGCUCCGAGUAUCUCCUGGCCGCUGCAGAAGGCGUGACCCUGUCAGAAGAUAGCCUUUAUUUCCGAGUUCUCACCAUUCCAAAGAAAGGAAAGCUCUUGCUCGACACCGCGGUCUUGACCAAGAACUCAACCUUUAGCCAGAAAAAUGUAACGGAUCAAAAAGUUCAUUACGUCCUGGUGGACAGGCCUUACGAAGACACGACGGACCGGUUCAAAUUCCAGCUGGUUUCCAAACACGCUCAGUCUGAAAACUACGAUUUCCAGUUUUCCAUCAAAGCGGACGUCAACAACGUGUUCGUGAGAAACGAAGGACUUUCCCUGCAGGAGGGGGAAACUAAGCUCAUCACAAAAGACGAGCUGUUUGCAGAGACUCUGAGUACGAAGGAGAUGUUCUACUCAGUUUUGAGCAGCCCCAAACACGGGAAGCUAGCCCGCAUCACUCAGUCCAACUCCAGCGCCAGCUACGACAACAUCUCAACCUUCAGUAAUCAGGACAUACUGGAGGAGCGGCUAAUGUACGUCCACGAUGACGGGGAAACCACCGAAGAUGCAUUUACUUUCAUCGCCUCCACCAGCCAAGGGUUUAAGUCUUCCAUUGCAGAAGAUGAAAUCGGCUCCAAGGAAGGAACGUUCAACAUUUCUGUUCAGCUGCUGAACGACCAAAAGCCGGUUCGAAUCAUCGAUAAGGUUUUUCAGGUCGUCAGGGACGGCCAGAGGUUGCUGACUGUAGAAGAUUUGCGUUAUCACGACCCCGAUUCUGACUUUGACGACGGCCAGCUGGUCUACACUCGGCGAGGGAUCCCCAUGGGAGACCUGGUGCUGGUCAACGACACCGCUCACCCACUGUUCCAGUUUCAGCAGAGGGAUCUGGAGGAGAAGCGAGUGCUGUUCAUUCACAAAGGUGUAAGCACCGGCCGGUUCGUGCUCUUCGUCUCGGAUGGAAAACAUUUCGUGUCGAGCCUUUUAGACAUAAGCGCACACGACCCUUUCCUGAAGGUUGCCAACAACACCGGCCUGUUGGUUCAAAAGGGCCGAUCGGUGACUUUUACCACCCGUAACUUCAGCGUUGUCUCUAAUUUGGACAUCAGAGAUGACCGUGAGGUCAUUUUUAAGCUGGAUGAGUCUCCCAAGUACGGUCAUCUUUAUGUAAAUGACACCAAGGUGGAGUCAUUCACACAGUCCCACUUAAAAGCUGGUGUAAUCUCCUACAAGCACCACGACAGCAAUCAUCUGGUGGACUAUUUCAACUUAACAGUGAAUGCUAAAGGAGUCCGGCUUGCAGACCGAGUCAGGGUGAAGGUUUAUCUGGAGAGUCAUCAGAGGCCGCCCAUCGUGCAGCAUCAGGACGUUUUACUGGUGGAGGAGGGAAAACCGGGGAAGAUUGAUGAAACGAAGCUGGAGGUCACCCACGAGGACAACCUGCCAUCUGAGAUUGUGUUUACAGUCCAGAUAGCCCCGUCUCAUGGCUUUCUCCGGCGCUUCGUUGAAGCGGAAGAGCUCUACAUCGGAACCAAACAGUCCCCAGUCAAGACGUUUACUCAAGAUGACAUCAACAACGGGAACAUGCAGUACGUGCAGGUGGAGGAGAAGAGAGCGAACGACACGUUCGUCCUCGACGCCACCAACGGGGUCACCGACGUCAGCAACAUUAGGAUGUCCGUGGACAUCAUCCCACUGCUCAUCCCUCUCCGAGUGUCUGAUUUCACCGUGACGGAGGGUGCGUCCAAGGCGCUGACGCGGGACGUGCUCUGGGUCGCAAACAAACACUUUUCUGGGAUCAACUUCUUCUACAGUGUGACCGAGUCCCCGCAGCACGGUCACAUUGAGCACUCCAGACACCCCGGUGUGCCCAUAACCACUUUCUCCAGGAGGCAGGUUGAACAAGAAUUCAUUUAUUACGUCCACGACAGCAGCGAAACCUUAGCUGACAAUUUCACCGUGGUGGCAAACGAUACAGGCCUGAGGAAGCAGAGCGCCGCCCAGACAGUGAACAUCGAGGUUACAGCUGUCAAUGAUGAGCCUCCUGUUAUCACCGCCAACAGAGUCCUCAGGGUUUGGGUUUCAUCAGUGACGGAGAUCAGUCAGGACGAUCUGAGAGCUCAGGACGCGGAUACGCCCCCGGACGAGCUCCGGUUCAUGGUGACCCCACCCAGCAACGGACACCUGGCCCUGAAGAGUGCCCCGAUGAAGGCCGUGCUGAACUUCACCCAGGCCCACGUAGACCAGGCACAGCUGCUGUUCGUCCACAAAGGUCCCAUGUCUGGUGGUUUCAACUUCCAGGUCAAUGACGGCGUGAACUUCUCGCCCAGGCAGAUAUUUAGCAUCACUGCCAAAGCUUUAGUUCUCACUUUGCAGAGAAACCGUCCACUCAAGGUGUUUCCCGGCUCUUCUACACUUAUCACGAACGAUGAUUUACAAGCGGGGACCAAUGACAUCAGCAACACCUCAAAGCGCAUCAUUACUUUCACCGUGAUGCGGCAACCCAAACUGGGGCAUCUGGUGUCGAGGCAGCUGGAUAAUUCAACAGUAGACAUCUCCACUUUCACACAAGAUAUGGUGGACAGGAAAGAGGUUGUGUAUAUUCAAACCCCCAUCGAGUCAGUGGGCUGGGAAGCUAUGGACUCCAUGACCUUCUCCGUCUCAUCUCCACCCGCUUCUACGGAAAGUCAGACCUUUAAAAUCGACAUCUCCUAUGAGAAUACUGGACCUGAACACAACACAGUCCUCCUCGCAAACGCAGGUGCGGCGCUGAAAGAAGGGGAGAGCGUUGUCAUCGACGAGUCAAAGCUGGACGCCUCCAACCUGAUGUCCAAGCUGCCGACGCCCCUGCGCGGUUCCCACGAGGUCUGGUUUCAGGUGACGUCUCUGCCUCAGCACGGCGUCAUCGUGGUCGGAGAGAGAAACCUCACCAAAGAGAAGCCCAACUUCUCCCAAUUCAUCGUCAGCAAAUACGGCAUCACCUACAAGCACGACAACUCUGAGACGACGCGUGAUUGUUUUGUGUUCAGCGCGUGGGUCAAUCCCAAGGGCAGGACAGCAGAACGUCCUCAAGAUGAGAGGGACGUCGUGGUGGAGCGUUUCAACAUUACGGUCACACCUGUGAACGAUCAGCCCCCUCUGCUGAAAACCAAAGCUCCCAGUCUGAGGGUGGUGCAGGGAGAUAAGGUCGUCCUGGGGCCAGAUAACCUCCGGGUGGAAGACUUGGACGAUCCUCCAGAGGCCAUUACGUUCUCAGUGAUUAGCAAGCCGAGCAACGGUCACCUAGCCGUGGAAGGAAGUUUGAACGAGCCCAUAGAGACCUUCACCCAGGCCCAGAUCAACAACAGAAGUGUCUUCUUCAUCCACGACGGAGUCUCCGUCUCCGGAGUGUUUUAUUUCAGCGUCUCAGACGGACAUCAUAAACCAAUAUAUAAACUUUUUAACUUAGAAGUGACGGAAAUCACCAUCUCGCUGGUCAACCGUAGUGGACUGUACCUGCAGCAAGGCGGCACCUCGGUCCCGUUGACCCGGGAAAACCUCGCCGCUGAAACCAACGGCAAAAAUGUGACCAUUCACUACGAAAUUACAAAGCCCCCCGCGUUCGGCAAACUUCUGAAGGACAACCAAGAGGUUACACAUUUCACACAGGAAGAUUUACAGCCCGGAAGGCUGUCCUACCAUAUGACCUCCCUCUCCUCCUCACAGGACUGCUUUGAGUUCGCAGCCUUCACCUCAGAGGCUAAUCUGACCGGCCAAGUGCUUAACGUCACUGUCCAGCCUCUGAUCCAGAUCGGCAAAGAUUUGAGGAUUCCCACCGGAAUUACGGUCAAACUCAACUCCAGCUUUUUUGAUGCCUCUGAACUGGCCAGUGUAAGUGACAGUGAUCCCGUCUUUAAGAUUAUAUCCCAUCCCCGGUAUGGGAAAGUAGUUCAGACCGAACCUCGUGUGUCCAGGAGAAUGCUACCGGUUGAGAACUUCACCUUUCAGGAGUUGAUACAGGAGAAAAUAGCCUUGGAGUUAAAUGCCAACAUGACUGGAGUCGCUGAGCUAAAUGACUCGCUGGUGUUUGAGCUGAGAGCUGCUAACGUCCAACCUGCUAGAGGGGAGUUCCACUUCACAGUGGUGCCGUAUGAUCCUGCUCUGUUUCCAACCACAAACAGUCCCGUCCCAACCACAUCACCGGCCCCGCCGACGCCAGACCAGAAUUCCCGAAAUGGGACGGCUUCCCCUCCUCCGUCUACCGUCUUCCUCUCCACCCAGCAGCCGAGCAAAAACCAGCAGAAAUUCAAGGGCCGCGGCCGCUGGGGGAGCUCGAACAGAACCAGCCUUUACAGCACCACUCUGGGGAAACCCCCUCAGACGGAGAACUUCCCCUUCAAGAACACGCCGGUGCGUGUGGAGUCCUACCCUCAGAAAACCUCCAAUCCACUCCUGGUCAUCCUCCCGCUGCUGGCCCUUCUGCUGCUCGUCAUCAUCUUCGUGGUUCUGGUUGUUUUCCUUCGACACAACCGGCGCCGGAAGCAGAGCACGGCGGCAGCGCUGCACGCCGCUGCUUCCAACCAUCAGUCUUACAGCGGCCCGGCGCAGAGGAGCGCAGCCGUCCCCUCGGUCACCGUCACCCCCCUGAGCCCCAGCUGCCCCGGGAGUCCCGUCCUCGGUCAGCUGUCGUCUUCAUAUCAGGGCUCCCCGUACAGCACCGUCGACUCCAAUCUACUCAUCAGUUCUUGGAGCAGCGAUUCUCCUGCGACAUCCUCCCACCUCAUUAGAGUCGCCACCCCCACUCUGCAGAAGAACCAGUAUUGGGUUUGAUAUUCCCAACACGGGCUGCCGUCCAUCCGUCCUGGGAACUGGAGAGCAUUAUUGAGUGAGAGACGCGGUACAGGCCGGGGCAGGCUGCCACCCAGACAUAAACAAGACAACCGUGCAUGCUUCCGACUCACCGGUCAACCUAACAUGCUUGGACUGAGGGAGGACGAGCACCUGUAGGUUGGAACUCCACACAGAUACUAAGAGGUGAAGCAGUAAUCCCUGCACUACUUAUGCCCCAAACACCAUCUAGCUUCUAGAGAUGUAUAGACUGAGGUGUGUUUUUGUCGUUAAAGAACGGUACUUUGAAAUAUUAACUGCUGCAAGUAACAAUUAAUACGGUGGCCGACAAGGGCCAAACUCACUGCAACGG